GCUAUAAAAAAAAAAGCAGUGGCGUCUUUCCAACCGGUCCUGAAUCCAACCUGCCCCCCCUCCUUCCGUUUCCGUUUUUAUUUUUAUUAUUAUUAUUAUUAUUAUUGAAUGAUGCCCGUGGCCUCGAGCGCAAAAUGGCCUCUUGUUAUUUUUUCAUUCGGCAACAGUCCACCGCGAGCUUCUCAUUGGGUGCUCGUGUCGCCAUGGCGACGCCCCCGGUUCAAUCGGCGCUCACGGAGAGGAGGACACGGUCUUCAGCAGUCCAGUCGUUGGCACAAAGCCCUGUAAGCUGCCUCGGCUCAGCGCUGGACUAAACCAAUCAGGUGGCCUGAGGUCGAUCCCAGGAAGGACCUGUUUCAUUAAUCUGCGGGAGGGAUGAAGGAGGGAAACACAAGGGACGGAAAGGGAACCGAACCCCACAGGUGAGGGCAUCACUCACAUCCGUCCGCUAGAAAACCAACCCUGAACCACGAGGUUGGAGGCCGCUGCUGCAGCUCGUGCAGCAGAAAACUAAUGGGCGCCACUUCCCAACCCGAAGAAAAGUUCAAACUUGUAAACUGCAGAAGAAGAAAAGACAAAGAGGUCGCGUGCAGAAGUACAACCAUCAUCUGUUUCCGGACUAUUUACCGCCUGAGAAAUCAGACAAAUAUCUUCUCAAACACAACGCCUCGGAGACGGAACAGACUGACAGGGACGCAUUACAAAGAUCAAGUUUAAAGAAGCCCGCGGAGACUCAGCCUGGAAAUGCAUCCAUCUCUGUUUAUGUGUCUAUGAAGUCUUGAUGCAACAGAUGAUAUGCUCUGGACACAUUUGGGUCUCGGAGCCAUGCGCAUCCCUCGUUCCCCUCCCUUGACAUGGGUCGUCGUCGUCGCGUGCUGUGUUUUGGCGGGACCGCCGCAGUCCGUGGCCUCCCCGAAGAAGACGUCCUGCCGCGUGCAAGACGGCAGAGCGGACUGCAGCCACCUCAGCCUCAGAGCGAUCCCUCCAAACCUGCCCAGGAACAUCUCCAGCCUGGACAUGUCUCACAACCGGUUGGUGGGGAUUCCCCCUGCGCCGCUCAACCUGUACCCGGGGCUCCUCCGCCUCGACGUCAGCUACAACAGUGUCACCAAGCUGGACGGGCAUUUGUGCCAGACGCUGCCCUUGCUGCAGACACUGAGCGUCGCACACAACGAGGUGCAUUUGCUGAAGAGGGAGGACCUGAGCCAUUGCAAUGGCCUGGUACUGUUGAAUAUGGCUAGUAACAGGCUAAAGCUUCAAGGGGAGCCCUUCUCCGCCCUAAAGAAUCUGAAAUCCCUUGACGUCUCCAUGAACAAACUGGCUUCGGCCCAGCUCUCCUCGCAGCCUCAGCUGCCCAGCCUGGUGAACCUCAAUCUGGCAUUCAAUGACUUCACCGCUCUGAAGAAAGAUGACUUUUCUUUCCUCGACAACUCAUCCUUCCUACAACUCCUCAAUCUCUCGGCCGUGUCUCUGAAAACAUUGGAGCCUGGUUGCCUUCGGCCCAUUUCCGGCCUACGCACUUUAAUCAUGGAUGGAAGUAAUAUGGGCAUUCUGGUUCUUUUCAAACUCUGCACAGAGCUGUCGAGGACAGCCAUUGAUGCCCUGUCUCUCCGGAAGAUGAAGCUAGUCACCCUCACAAACACAACCUUUACCGGGCUGCAGAGAGCAAAUCUAACCUUUUUGGAUCUGUCCCACAAUGGCAUGGGUAAAAUCGAAGAGGGGUCAUUCCAGUGGCUCUCCAGACUUCAGACUCUGAUUUUGGCCGACAACAACCUCAAGCAUCUGACCAAGGGCACAUUUCAGGGGCUCAAGGCUUUGAAAGAACUCCAACUGACAAAAGCCCUGGUGAAAAGUCAUACAUCCUCCACCCCGAUAAUCGACGAUUUCUCUUUCGAGCCAUUGAGCGCACUGGAGAGCUUAUCGUUACGGCAAACCUCUGUUCGGGAAAUCACAGGGCACACAUUUACAGGCAUGACAAGUCUCAAAGAACUGGAUAUGAGCUGGAGUAGCUACACGUCGCUCAGAAUCAUCACCAAACAGACCUUAGUCUCACUUGCAGGAUCACCUCUCGUGAAGCUAAAUCUGACAGGAACAGCGAUUACACAGAUUAAUCCUGGAAGCUUUGCGUGCAUGAGAAACCUCACCACUCUUCUACUAGAUUUCAAUUUCAUACAGCAGACUCUCACUGGCAAAGAGUUCGAAGGCCUGGGUGAGGUUCAGGAGCUGCACAUGACCAAUAACCACUGGAAAGUCAGACUAAGCUCCACUUCGUUCGUCAAUGUGCCCAAUCUUAGGGUCCUGACUUUGGGCAAAAGUCUCAACAACACAGCUUUGAACGUGGAUGUGGAUCCCUCGCCAUUCAAGCCCCUGUGCAACCUCACCUUCUUGGAUCUCAGCAAUAACAACAUAGCGAACAUCAGAGGGAGUGUUUUGGAGGGCCUUGUGAACCUGAAGGUACUGAAGCUCCAACACAAUAACUUAGCCCGGCUGUGGAAGAGUGCCAACCCAGGUGGGCCGGUGCUGUUUCUCAAAGGGGCACCGAACCUGGUGACCUUACAGAUGGACAGUAACGGGCUGGAUGAGAUCCCGGAGGGUGCUUUGAGAGGUCUGAGUAGCCUCUGGGAGCUAAGCCUCGCGACCAAUCUCCUGAACAAUCUUAGGUACUCGGUUUUUGACGAUCUGAAAUCAUUGCGGGUUCUACGUUUACAGAAGAACCUGAUCACAUCCGUCAACCCCGAAGUGUUCAAAACUCCCAUGAGCAACCUCAGUCUACUUGUCAUGGACAAAAAUCCUUUUGACUGCACAUGUGAGAGCAUCCUGUGGUUUGUGACGUGGUUGAAUAACACAAACACCACCUUUGUGCCAGAUCUUGGGGACCAGUAUAUUUGCAACACGCCACUGGCUUACUAUAACCACUCAAUCAUGGAUUUUGAAACCCUCUCUUGCAAAGACAUGACCCCAUUUCAGGCUCUUUACAUACUGACCAGCACAACGGUCAUGGCGGUGAUUGUAACGGCACUUUUGGUGCGGUUCCAAGGCUGGAGGAUUCAGUUUUAUUGGAACAUACUGAUCAGUCGGACGCUAGGAUUUAGCGAUGCCAAUAUUGACGAGGGCAGGCACUUUGAGUACGACGCUUACAUCAUACAUGCUGAGGAAGACAGCAGAUGGGUGGAGAGGAUGAUGGUCCCCUUGGAAAACGAGAACUGCAGGUUUUACCUGGAGGAUCGAGACGCUGUCCCUGGGGUGGCGCUGCUCGAAUCUAUCAUCGAUAAUAUGAGAAGGUCCAGGAAGAUCUUGUUUGUGGUCACCGAACGUCUCCUUAAGGAUCCCUGGUGUCGUCGAUUCAAAGCCCAUCAGGCACUUCACCAGGUCAUCGAGGCCAGCAGGGACUCUGUGGUUCUGGUCUUCCUGCAGGACGUGCAUGACUACAAGUUAUCUCGCUCACUCUACCUCCGCAGGGGCAUGUUGCGCCGCUGUUGCAUCGUGGAAUGGCACGGCGGCCAUAAGGAGAGGGUGGCGGCCUUCCACCAGAAGCUCCUCAUAGCACUCGGCAUGACCAAUCGAUUGAUGGAGUGACUGUUUUUCAUUAAUGAUAAAGAAGAAUUCCAGUCUUUGUAAUAAUAAGAAAAGUUUGUCCAAUAUUAAUUGCUACAAGUUGCUGAUUAUUUUUCCCUCUGUGAGUUUCUACGUGGGGAGUAGUUGGAUUGGUUACACACCACUCAGAAACAUCAUACAUGAUGUAGAAUGUUCAAGUCUGUAUAUAGGCUCCACGAUGGUGUAGUGCUGUCGUCUCACAGUAAGAUAGUUCUGGGUUCGAAUUCCGGUUCCAUCAAUGGUGGAUGGAAGUCUGUAUAUAUACUAUAUUUUGUUUUUUUGGUGUCUUUUUUUUUCUUCAUAUUUGCUUGUUCAAAAAAAAUAUCUCCAGUUUUCCAGUAUUGUUUACAAAAUGUGAUGUAAAGUAUGAAAUGACAAAUCAACAGAAGUCGGUCAAUUGUUGUUUUGUUGACAGUGAAAAGAGAAUAAAAUUAUUUGAGUA